AAGAAAAUUGAAUAGAUGAACCUGCUAACAGAUUGAAAUAGGACUGAAAUUGUUUCAUUUUCCCCUAGAAGUCAGUCUAUGUAGCUCUUUAUAGUCCAUAAAUUAAGCCGGUGGUGAGACUUGUGUUCUUGAAGAGCAAGGUUGGCCCAGUUGGGUGGGGCUCAGUGUAACAGCUCUGCUCUCCACUAGAUGGCGCUGCUAGCCUACUGGGGUGGAUUGUUGAGGCACUUGCAGGUGCAUAUGCGCAUGCUCGGGAGUGGAGAAAAUGGUGCCUCCCAGCUACCCAGUCUGUUCUCCCGAAUCAACAAUCGCACACCCAUCCUCUGUCUUCAGCUCUUGUCCACUCCCCACUUUUUCACUCUCCAUGAUCAGGCCCCAGGCAGUACCUCUCUCCCAAGUUUUGUCUCAGAUGCAGCUGUUUUCCCUGGCCCCUUACUUCUGAAGGGCUGUGGCUUUGACCCAUUCUGCCCCUCUGCGGCAUGGUCUCACCGAGCAAUAGCCGAAUGAGCAAUGGCCGAACGUCAUCUGCACCCAGGAACGCCUGCUGUACCCUGCUGCUGCCGAUGUCCUGAGGCUGCAGCCAGGUGCAAGCCCGUCCCAGAACAUGGUCGCAAGACAGUGUAGCAGCAGCAUUUCAGGGAUUAUGGAAAAUCACAACACACAUCUGGCACCAGGCUUCACUCUCAAUGGCCUUGCCCCAGCACCAGCGAAUGUGGCUGCCUUCUGGGGUCUACUGGGACCAGGUGGCUUCAACAGUCUCUACCAAAUGUCCUUUCAUCAGUGGAACCACUUUUCCCUGUGUGGCCCAAGAACCUCCUGGACCCCACUCUGUUCCUGGGGUCCUUCCCACCAGAGCACCACCAGGGAUAUUACGUGUAUCGUGACAUGCUAGGAGAAAAAGGAGAUUUCAUUACUUCACCGGAAAUAAGUCAGAUCUUUGGGGAGCUGCUGGGUAUAUGGUUCAUUAGUGAAUGGAUGGCCACUGGAAAAAAUGCAGCUUUCCAACUGGUGGAACUGGGCCCAGGCAGGGGUACCCUCUCGGGAGAUAUUUUGAGGGUGUUCAGUCAGCUGGGAUCUGUGCUGAAAAACUGUGACAUUUCAAUACAUCUGGUAGAGGUGAGCGAAAAACUGAGUGAGAUUCAAGCAUUAACACUGACUGAAGAGAAGGUCCCUCUAGAGCGAAAUCCUGGAUCCCCCGCAUAUAUGAAAGGUGUUACUAAAUCUGGGAUUCCAAUUUCCUGGUACCGAGAUCUGCAAGAUGUUCCAAAAGGGUACAGCUUUUAUCUUGCGCAUGAAUUUUUCGAUGUUCUUCCUGUGCAUAAGUUUCAGAAAACUCCGCAAGGAUGGCGAGAAGUAUUCAUCGAUAUUGAUCCCCAAGCUUCUGAUAAACUGCGGUUUGUUUUGGCGCCUUGUGUCACCCCAGCGGAAGUCUUCAUACAAAGUGAUGAAACGAGGGAUCACGUGGAAGUGUGUCCUGAAGCUGGUGUAAUUAUUCAGGAACUUUCUCAACGCAUUGCGCUGACUGGAGGGGCUGCGCUGAUUGCCGAUUAUGGUCAUGAUGGGACUAAGACAGACACCUUCAGAGGAUUUUGUGGCCAUAAGCUUCAUGAUGUCCUUAUCGCCCCGGGAACUGCAGACCUAACAGCUGAUGUGGACUUCAGUUAUUUGCGCAGAAUGGCAGAGGGAAAAGUAGCUUCUCUGGGUCCAAUAAAACAACAGACGUUUUUAAAAAACAUGGGCAUUGAUGUCCGGCUGAAGGUUCUUGCAGACAAAUCAGAUGAGCCAUCCAGGCAGCAGUUACUUCAGGGGUAUGAUAUGUUGAUGAAUCCUAAGAAGAUGGGAGAAAGAUUUCACUUUCUUGCCUUGCUACCUCAUCAGAGACUUCAUGGUGGAAGCCAUCCGAUGAAUGAAUGUCAGUCAAAACCUUCUCCGUCACCUGUAGCUGGGUUUGGUGAACUUGCCUGGAGGUGAUAUCUCAGUGUGGACGUUUUACCCCUAAGUCUGCCUAAGAAAGCAAAAUAAAGGGAACCCAUUCACAUAUAUCACAGGUAAAAUCCA